UUCCCUCUCUUAUUACACCAGAAGCUUCAGGAUAUAAAACCCUUUUCUCGCUUCCCGAGACAGUUUUCGUUUUCAACCCAACACCCCCCCUCCCCUUCCCUUAUCGGAACGACGUCGUCGUGAUCCCCGAUCCGAUCUUAUCCGGUCGCGCUCUCUGAAACAGAAGAUGGCAGAUAAUGAGGAGGGAGAGGAGAGUACUGGUCGUGGGAAUGGAUGGGAAGUUGUAUCACUUACAGCGUCGGCAUACGCUGCUGCUCCCGGUCCGCAAGAAGUGGAAUUGAGCAGUGAUGAUAAGAGUGGAACUUAUGGAGAGCAAGCUGAAACAUCUCGUGCUUUGUUCAUGUCUGGUCACUUUGUUUUUCCACCCAAUCAGCACGAAAAUUUACCUGUGGAGCCUGACAGCAGUGAAGUUGAUGAUGAAAAGGUGCGGAAGGACGCAGUAGAUGAGAUAAGCACUGACGAAGGGGGUAGGUCUAGGGGAAAGGAGGAAGAAAAUUUGACCUUAAAAGGGUUGGAUGUUUCAGAUGAGUUUGCAGGAAUACAGUUCUUAAAUGAGAAGGAUAACAGGCUACCCAUUGGCGGUACAGAAUUUGGAGAAGGCACGGCCUUAGAAGGAUUAAAUUUCGAUGACAAAGAGCAGGCUGUAUAUGGUGCUGCGAAAUUUGGUUUUGAUGGUGAAACAGUUCUUCAUGGUUCAUCCACAUAUGGUGAGAACACAGAUAUUCCUGGACUUACAGAACCUUCAGAGCAAGAUUUAGAUUUUUCUGGGGACAUCUCUCAAUCCCCAAGGUCAAUGAAAGAUGAUAAAUUUGAUGUUUCGGACCUCCCCUGUGGAGCUUGGUGGAAAAGAAGAGCUUCCUCCUUGUAUUCUCAGGCAAAGGAAGCAAAUGCAUAUUGGUCUAUUUUCGUAGCAGCAGCUGUGAUGGGCCUUGUGAUACUUGGGCAGCGAUGGCAGAACGAAAGGUGGCUGGCUCUACAACAGAAGUGGCAAUUCAGUGUUGAUCAGAAAGGAGGAAGGGUUUUAGGUCCAAUAUCUCGACUUAAAGAUGUAAUAGUUGGUGGCCAGCGCCGUGGAUCCUUUAUUGGAGGCAGCGCCUCAAGUGAACUUUAAGAUGAUGACGAAAAAUUCCAGACAAAAAGAUGGUCGGCGGCCAGUGGCGUGGAUCCAGAGGUACUGCCUCAAGUGAGUUUUCAAGAUGAUGGCAAAAAUACUGCACAGAUGGUCUCUUAGUUUGUUUCCGGCUAUGGUUCAGAUAUAUAAUUCUUAUGGAAAGCUACUUGUUACAUGCUAAAGUUUGAUAUUGCAGUCGUUGCUUAUUGCCUUGUACAGAAUUCAGGGAUGUGGCAUUAACUCGCGGCUCUUUUAAUCUUCUUAUUACCUGUUAGUUAUGUUUGUUUUUGGUUAAAAGUUGUGUUUGAUGAUUGCUAUUAGUUUUUGAGUAAAUUCAAAUACAGUACCAAAUAUUGUGGAA